AUGCACGCAUAUCUCCUCUCAAUCUUUGUUGCUAUCAACAGUGCUGUGAGUGUUGCCGCGCAGGCAUUUCCAGGUCCUACCUGGAGUUUUCCGCUCCGACUGUCGAUGGGAGGAGGGGCAUUCAAAACUCAACCCGAUAUUAGCUUUGUUAAUGACACGCUCUACCCUACCCUCGAUCUCAGCGGCUCCUUCACGAUUUUGGGGUGGCUUAACCCCUCUGAUCAAACUUGGUGGCGCACUUUUGUGUCCAUCGAGUCUUCUGAUGUAGAUACAUCACUCUUCAACGUCGCUUUUCCGCCCAACAGCAUGCAGAUUUACUUCGCGUACAUGACCACCAACAAUCUGCAGGGUCGCGACAACGUCUACACCCAGAUAACCGCACCCGGACCUAACGUUGAUUUCCACUUUGCAAUUGCUAAGGAUGGAACCCAGUUCUAUGUUUACCUGAACGGCGUUCAACAGACUUUCAAUUAUACCAUUAAAGCUCAGAUCUUCAAUCCACCCACCAAAUACGUUGUGUUGGGAAGAACCAAGUACCAGAAUGUCGGCGGAUCGCAAUGGAACGGAAUGAUUCGUGGAAUGGAUAUAUUCAACAGAACAUUGACUCCUACUGAAGUUCAACGAGAGAUGGCCUUUACCCAGCGAGAAAUAUAA